GUUGACCCAGUGGCGUCACAAAGCGUGCGGCGGCGGAUUUCCCGUCCUGCCUCGGGGCUCCCGGUCGCUCGGCUCCAGCUGGAGAGACGCGCCUGGGAGUCUCCGGUGUCGAGCGCUCCCGGUGCCCGGGCCACUGUGUCCCUCCCUACCCGGGAACAUGCCGCGCCGCCCUCCGCAGUGAUCCCCGGACAGAGGCAAUGACAGCGGCUCCGGUAUCCCCGCGGGAGAUCAGGGAGAGGCUGCUGCAGGCCAUCGAUCCGCACAGCAAUGCCAAACAAAGCAGCAGAAGCAAAAUGAAGAUUCGUAACAUGGUGGCCGUGUUGGAAGUGAUCUCCAGUUUGGAGAAGUAUCCAAUUACCAAAGAGGCACUGGAGGAAACCCGACUUGGAAAGCUAAUUAAUGAUGUUCGUAAAAAGACCAGUAACGAGGACCUUGCCAAACGUGCUAAGAAACUGCUACGUAGCUGGCAGAAAUUGAUAGAGCCAGUACAGGCUGAGCAGGCUGCCAGAGGUACUCCCAACACCCAAGGUUCAGCAAAUGGUGGUGGUACCCACAACUGUAAGAUAGAGACCAAUCAAACUGCACUGUUGGGCGGAAAGCCUCUUCAGGACCUUAAGGGCAGGAAUGAUAUCCAGAAGGCACAUUCACCCAAGGCUGAAAAGGUGGCCAGUCGAAAAAGAAAAGGGGAAUAUAGAGAUGGUACCCAAGGGCUUGCUUGCAAAGUGGGCAAACCGAAUCAGGAGCCGUUUCAAAAUUCUUCACCACUCCCCACCAAUGGAAUAGGAGGUAGUCCUCCGGAAAACCUACUUGGUUCUCUUGAUGGCAGUUCACAGACUAACAGGUUGGAGACUGCUGAAAAUGAUAAACAUGGUAAAAUCCCAGUAAAUGCUGUCCGGCCGCACACCAACUCCCCUGGACUUGUAAAACACUCAAGCACUUCCUCUUUAUUAAAAGUGGCCGUCCUACAACAGCACAGUGUAGGGUUAGAAGAAACCCAUUCUCUUCAGCCACGAAGUCCACGCUGUUCCUCUUACAGCCCUCGUGGCACUAGGGCAGAACUAUUGGCACGGCAGCACACCACAUAUGCACCAAAGGGUUCUGCGCCCAGCCCCUCUCAAAGGCUGCCUGGUGUAGACACUGCACAUCCUCCCUCUUCUCAAUCCCCUGUGCGCCCUUCUACACCCCCUGCCAUAGCAAAAAGACUAGAAUCUCCUAGAAGGGAUUUUGCAGUCUCUUCACCUCAUAGGUCUGUAGAGCAGUUGGUCUCUACUGACUACCAACUUCAGCAGUCACCUAGGGUAACGCAACAGCACACCCCACAUGGACAUCGUAGUGGACAGCCUAUCACAGAUCCUCAAACACCUCGCAGUAGCUACUCACCAGAGUCCUCAAAAAUGGACAGCGAUGACGCAGCCUCUGGUUCAGACAGCCGCAAGAAAAAGAAAUCUCGUAGUCGAGGAGAUCAAGAAGGAUACUCGGCAGAUGGGAAUAGCAAACAAACUCGAGUAAAAAAGGAUCGUAAAUUAAAAUUUGAUUUCAUAACUGGGCAAAUAAAACCUUUAACAAACAAAGAUCCAUCCCAGGCAGAGAUUUCAACUCCCUCAGCCCCCUCAGCCCCCUUAGCCCCUUCAGCCCCUUCAGAACAGCACAGAACUGAGACAGACAAACAAGACCCCAAACUCGGCCUGCCAAGUCCCUUUGAACAGACAGACUGGAAGGAGUUGUCUCAAAUUGGGAUUAUUCAGUCCUAUCUCAAUCGUCAGAGCAGCUUGUUGUCUUCCUCUGGUGUACAUACACAGAGUGCACAUUAUUAUAUGUCUGAAUAUUUAAAACAGGCGGAAUGCAGUAAGCGGGAAGCUAGAAAGACUCAUGUUUUAGUGCCACUUGCCCUACCGAGUGAGCUGCCUGGAAAAAGCAGGGAAGUGACUAGCGCUGACGUAGACAGACUUCAUAAUCAACAUUGGCCUGGUGUCAAUGGCUGUCACGAUACACAAGGCAACUGGUUUGAUUGGACGCAGGGCAUCUCCUUGGACCCUCAUGGUGAUGAUGGUAGAUUAAACGUCUUGCCUUAUGUCUGCCUAGACUGAGUACCAGUCCCAAAUCUGCUUUCUCAUAUCUGUGGUUUUCACUGCAAACCAUGGGUCGCUCUGCGACCAAUGCUCAAAAUGGAAAAUUUGAUUGAGUUAAGUUCCCUUUUUUGGGGGAUGUGAAGGGUUGGGGGAGUAGAGCCUGGAAGGGAAGCUUUGUGUCCACUACAUCCUGGGAAUUCUCUUCCCCUGUUGGAGCUCCCCCCCUCUGUCUGCCACACAUGUUCUUUUGUGCUAAAUGCUGCUACCAGAUAACUUGGCAAAGGAUUACAGAAGGGGGGUCAAGAAAUGCAAUGGAACAGUGUGCAAGGGGGGUUCCACUUGGAGUUUUGAAACUCCUAUAGCAAGUGAGCUAUAAAAUAUAUGGAAAAAAAUAAAUAAAGUGUUAAGUUCAAACCUACCCUAAGAUUGCAAAAAAGGUGAAUAUUUCCGGUACCUGCGAAAGGGCUGGAAUAAAAAAAAAAAAAUUAUAUAUAUGACAGGUACCUAAAUCUUAUGUGAAAGAGGAUUUAAAUAAGUUGAGAGUAAGUUACCUUAACAGAGUAUGCAUUAUUUAUUUGAAUUAAUGUUUUCCUUUUUCAGAUUUUAUUUCAAUUUAAAAUUUGACAGUAAAGUGUCUAAAGAGGCGCAAAGUAUAGAAGUGUUCAGUUCCAAGCAUCACAGCUGAUCCCUUUAUGUUGACUAGGGGAGAGUCUUAAAAAAGCAUUCCCUCCUCCCCAUCAUAUAUAUAUUUUUUUUCUCUCUAAAGUUUUUGUUGUACUCAUCUACCAUCACACACAGUUCAGAUAUGUAAGCUGCUGCUAGUUUCCCUUUUAUAAGCCCAAUAUAAAAUCUACCUUUCCACCGUUUGAAACCUGUUCAAGCCCCAACACAUGUGAUUUCUAACCAUAUUUCAGUGUUUUCAGCAUCUCUACAUUAGAAAUGAACUGUGUUCAUUUUGCCCCUAGUGAGAAAAGUUCUUUAAAUUACCCUAGUUUUAAAAACUUAAAGGUGACGGAUGGUGCUACCAGCUUCUAAAUUGUCCAGAGGCCGAACACAUAAGGCCAGUUGGUAUGCUAGGGGAAAAAAAGAAAAAAAAAACUUUAACUACUUGCUACCAUUCCUUUUAGAUGUAAUCUGCCUUAUGGGAUCUCCAUCAAAACGCGAUUUUUUUUUAAUUUUUUUUUUUUCCUUGGGUUUUUUUUUUGCAAAAAAUAAAAAAAAAAUACAUCAAAAAAACAAAGCCUUAGUUGAAUGUACAGUAAGACUUCUGUAUUUCUGAUAUGCAGAAGAGAGCAACUUUGCUAACUUUCGUCCUAUCGGUGGACAAAUUGUGAUAUAAAUGUGGAAACCAUAAUAAAAAAAAUACAAAUUGUG